AUGGCAUCGAGGGCGACGCCCACGGCAGAGGAAAUCGACGCCGUGUACAGCUCUGCUCAAGCUGCGAUCGGCAUGAACAUGCAAGCUCAACCUUUCAUCCCGGGACAACGCUGGCAGCCGUCUACGAGCAACAACGGUGGCUCCCACAGCCGUGGUGCUGGAGGUCAGGCCCAGUUCCACGUCGAGACGUGUCAGACCGGACGAGGUACCAUCCGCCGACACACAACCCCUUCGCUGACUUCAAAGAACGAGGCCAACAGCGUGGCCAAGAUGCCUACUACUCAGUCGAGCACGCCCGUGGCAGGGAAUGACGAGGAGGAUUCCAGGGCCAUCGAACCAGUCAUCGCGGCCGAAAUGCCGGUCGCAAGCAACGAGAACACGCUGGGAGGGCCAGAUGUGGCUCAUGUGGCGGGCUUGAUCGAGGAAUCGAAGGAUGAGGAGGGCGAAACAGCAGCGGUGGCAUCAUCAACGGAGUCUUCUUCUUCUUCGCCGACGGGCGGUGACGGACGACACAAGUGGAAGGGGAUUCACAUAGGGGUCUGGCUGGCCGUUGGUGCUGGCGUCGCUGUCGGGGCCGCUCUCUGGUCUCGACGCCGUUGA